CGGGCGCCCAGUGAUGACAACAUCAAGCCGCCAGCGGCGGCGGUGGCGGCCGGGAGACUGGGAGGGCUUCCGGGGCUGCCUGUCUGAGUGCAGAGCUGCUGUCAUGGCGGCCGCUCUGUGGGGCUUCUUUCCCAUCCUGCUGCUGCUGCUAUCAGGGAAUGUCCAGAGCUCGGAGGUUCCCGGGGCUGCUGCUGAGGGAUCGGGAGGGACUGGGGUCGGCAUAGGAGAUCGCUUCAAGAUUGAGGGGCGUGCAAUUGUUCCAGGGGUGAAGCCUCAGGACUGGAUCUCGGCGGCCCGAGUGCUCGUAGACGGAGAAGAGCACGUCGGUUUCCUUAAGACAGAUGGGAGUUUUGUGGUUCAUGAUAUACCUUCUGGAUCUUAUGUAGUGGAAGUUGUAUCUCCAGCUUACAGAUUUGAUCCCGUUCGAGUGGAUAUCACCUCGAAAGGAAAAAUGAGAGCAAGAUAUGUGAAUUACAUCAAAACAUCAGAGGUUGUCAGACUGCCCUAUCCUCUCCAAAUGAAAUCUUCAGGUCCACCUUCUUACUUUAUUAAAAGGGAAUCGUGGGGCUGGACAGACUUUCUGAUGAACCCAAUGGUCAUGAUGAUGGUUCUUCCUUUACUGAUAUUUGUGCUUCUGCCUAAAGUGGUCAACACAAGUGAUCCUGACAUGAGACGGGAAAUGGAGCAGUCAAUGAAUAUGCUGAAUUCCAACCAUGAGUUGCCUGAUGUUUCUGAGUUCAUGACAAGACUCUUCUCUUCAAAAUCAUCUGGCAAAUCUAGCAGCGGCAGCAGUAAAACAGGCAAAAGUGGGGCUGGCAAAAGGAGGUAGUCAGGCCGUCCAGAGCUGACAUUUGCACAAACACGGCAACACUGGGUGGCAUCCAAGUCUUGGAAAACCGUGUGAAGCAACUACUGUAAACUUGAGUCAUCCCGAACGUUGAUCUCUUACAACUGUAUAUGUUAACUUUUUAGCACAUGUUUUGUACUCGGUACAUGAGAGAACCCAGCUUUCAUCUUUUGUCUGUAUGAGGUCAAUAUUGAUGUCACUGAAUUAAUUACAGUGUCCUAUAGAAAAUGCCAUUAAUAAAUUAUAUGAACUACUAUACAUUAUGUAUAUUAAUUAAAACAGCUUAAUCCAGAAAUCAAA